CAAAUGUGCUUCAGAAAUAUCAGUAUUCUGUGAGCAUCUGAACUCUUCUAGUUAUCGAGUACGUAAAAUAUUACAAUCCAAUCAAAAUGGGUAAAAUGUUCGGAAAUCUUGCGAAAAUACGUGGCGUCACGUAUUUUCGCCUUAGUCCCCACGAGCAAAAAGCAUUUGCUGGAGUAAUAAGUCAUGGUGUACCUAAUAUGUUACGUCGUAUAAACGAAAAUAUACUUACAGUUACACCUUUCUUCAUUGCUACGUAUCUAAUCAUGACAUGGGCAGAUGAAGCAAAUCACGCGAUGCACCGCAAGGACCCCAAACAGUUUGAGAAUGACAAAUAAAUUACAAUAAUCAAUGUAUAAUCAUUAUUAAUAGUGAAUUAUCCUAUGCACUAUGUUACUCAUGCUAAGGGUCAGUCAUAAUAUAUUCCACAAAUGUGCACAGUGCAAAGGGUUAAAUAGAUUAAAGUAUAUGUAUGUAUAUACUAAAUUGGAAAUAACAAUUGCUCUAACCUUUUGUAUAGUAUAUAUCAAAUUACCUUAUGUCUAUAAUAUAAUUUUGUUUUUUACCCUGUAAUAUGAUUAUAUAGAAACAUUAUUAAAUUAGUUUAAUGAACUA